AUGUCCUCCAACAGACAGUAUGAUCUGGUCCUCCUAGGUCCCACCGGUUACACCGGUAGAUUUUGUGCGGACCAUAUCGUGAAGAACCAUCCUACCAAUCUGAAAUGGGCCAUUGCGGGCCGUUCAGCAGCAAAAAUGGACCCCAUUGUCCAGGAGCUCGAAACACUGAACCAAGAUCGACUUCAACCAGAUGUCCUUGAGGUCCAACUCAAUUCAGCCGACUUGACCGAACUGGCACAGAAGACAAGGCUCAUCAUCAACUGUGUCGGCCCGUAUCACUUGUACUCAACGCCAGUGGUGGAAGCUUGCGCAUCUCAUGGAACUCAUUAUGUGGAUGCAACCGGAGAGACCCCAUGGGUUAAGGUGAUCGUGGACAAGUAUCAUGAAACAGCGAAAAAUAAUGGCGCCAUUAUCAUUCCCUCGGUUGGAGUUGAAAGUGUCCCAGCCGACAUGCUGGCCUUUGCCCUUGUCAAGCACGUCCGGGAGGAGCUCGCCUCCCAGACGCGGGAGAUUGAUUGCUGUAUUAAGGAGCUCAAAUCAUCUGGUCCUAGCGGCGGCACCUUAAACACCGUUCUGAGCAUCUUCGAUUGGCUCCCGUCCUCGGAGUUGGUCAAAUCGAUGACACCUUUCUCGCUGGCAGCAUCAACCCCGCCUAAGGAUAUUCCACGCGAAUCGAUUAUCCACAAGCUCUUCGGUGCACGGUGGAUCCGAGAUCUGGGUACGGUGACGACUUCCCCGUCUGCCAUGGUAGACAUCACCACUGUGCACCGGAGCAGCACUUUAAUGCCAGAACUCUACGGAAAUCGCUUCUACUUCCGUCAAUUUUUACACGUACGCAACUCCUUUCUCGGUGUGCUCGUUCACGUUGGCUUCUUAAUCGGUAUUUCCCUUCUGGCCAUUCCUCCCGUGCGCACACUCUUGCGUCGAUUUAUCUACCAACCUGGUCAGGGCCCCACCACGCAGGCCUCGCAGCAUGACCGCCUUGAGUAUCAUGCUGUCGCAAAAGCGGAUCAGGAUGUUCCCGCUCCCAAGCGCGUCUUUGGCAAGUUCACUUUCGAGGGCAGCAUGUACGUGCUUACCGGCCUGCUGCUUGCUGAGGCUGCCAUGGUCAUUCUUGAUGAGGAGGAGAAGGUGAAGAAGGUCUCGCGUGGUGGCAUUGUCACCUCGGCAACUUUGGGUCAAGACUUUGUUGACCGUAUCGAUAAAGUUGGGUGCAAAAUUGACACUAAGACCUUCCAGUAUUGA